AUGAACAAUGCUCAGAAAAUCCUGUACAGAGAUGUGAUGCUGGAGACCUACAACAGCCUGUUCUCCUUGGGGUACUGCACUACCAAACCUGACUUGAUCUUCAAGUUGGAGCGAGGAGCAGAACCAUGGAUGGUGGAAGAAUGCCUGAAUCAGAGCCUUUCAGUGGUCAUGAAAAGGGAUGAUCUGAUUAGGAUCAACCAGGAAAGCCAGGACAAAAUUCUGAAUCAGGAUUCUGUGAAAAAUAACAAGACACCAGCUCUCAAGAGAGUUGAAUUAAGAAAAUCACUUAGUUUAAAUUCAAGCCAUAUUCCAACACUGAUUAUUGAAAAGGGAACCUAUUCAGGAUUGAAGCCUGAGGAAUGCAAUAAAUGUCACACUGUGUAUCCCCCCAGUGGGCCUGAUCAACUACAGGCUGGAGAGAAAUUUCAUAACACUAAGAUACCUGGAAAAUCUCUCCAGUUCUGUGAGCUUCUUGGUCAGCAUGACAAUAUCCACAUCACGAAACAGCCAUUUGGACCCACUGGACAAGCAAAAGUCUUCACAGGAAAGAUGUUCUGUAAAUUUGAGAGGGUUCAUAUGGCAGAAAACUGUAAUAAAUCAAGUGUCACUUUUGGAAAAGCAACUCAAAUAGAAAAAGCUAUCAAUGAAAAUUCUAGCCUCAAUAUGCAUCAACAAACUCACACAAGAAAGAAAUUUUAUAAGUACCUUAGCUAUGUUGAACCUGUCAUUCACCAGUCACAUCUUCCAACAAAUGAGAGACUAAAUCAAAUUCACAGAGGGGAGAAACCUCAUAAAUGUAAUGACUGUGGAAAAGCCUUUGGAAGAAAGUCAUAUCUCACUGUUCACCAGAGAAUCCACACAGGGCAGAAACUUCAUGGAUGUAAUGACUGUGGAAAAGCCUUUGGAAAAAAGUCAGACCUUCUCAUACACCAGCAAAUUCAUACAGGGGAGAAACCUCAUAAAUGUAAUGACUGUGGAAAAGCCUUUGCAAGAAAGUCAUACCUCAUCAUACACCAGCAAAUUCACACAGGGCAGAAACCUCAUAAAUGUAAUGACUGUGGAAAAGCCUUUGGACAAAAGUCACACCUCAUCAUACACCAGCGAAUUCACACAGGGGAGAAACCUCAUAAAUGUAAUGACUGUGGAAAAGCCUUUGGACAAAAGUCACACCUCAUCAUACACCAGCGAAUUCACACAGGGGAGAAACCUCAUAAAUGUAAUGACUGUGGAAAAGCCUUUGGACAAAAGGCAUGCCUCAUAUUACACCAGAGAAUUCACACAGGGCAGAAACCUCAUGAAUGUAAUAACUGCGGAAAAACCUUUACACAAAAGUCACACCUCAUUGUACACCAGAGAAUUCACACAGGGCAGAAACCUCAUGAAUGUAAUGACUGUGGAAAAGCCUUUGGAAGAAAGUCAUACCUCAUCAUACACCAGCAAAUUCACACAGGGGAGAAACCUCAUAAAUGUAAUGACUGUGGAAAAGCCUUUGGAUGA